CUGAGUUGGCUUUGUCUCUAGUACCCUAGAUUGUGACUCUCGAUCGUCAGUUGGGGCCUUCUAACAACCUGCUCGACGAAUUCACCACUGGAAUUCGGUAGGGCAGCGUGUGACCUUCUGUGCUGGGGAUUCUUCCUUCGCACGAGGUGCCUCGCGACCUCCGCCACUAUGUAAGCCAUCGCCACAAGACCGUAUUUUCGGGCUGCUGCUGCCGCCUCGGCCUCACGGCAACCGCCCUAUCUGCCAGAAGAUCGGAAUUUCACUGCGUAGCGGCGAGCGGCGUAGAUACGGAGAUCGUCGAUUAGCCAAGGGAGCUUCGGCUCUUCCUUCGACUCGUUUCGCUCAGCAGCUGUGGAUCGCGGUGUACACCGCUGCUGCAGUGCGGUGCGGUGCGGCGCGCUAACGGCGCGGCGAGUUGCGUCGUUGGACGGGGGCUGCCUGUCCGUCGAGUGCGAGGCGCGCGUCGCAUUGGGCAGGCAGUCCUUUUCGCUUUCCUCCCCAGAUUCACUUCGCCAUCGCCAUCGCCAUCGCCAUCGCCAUCGCCACCGUUUCCCCCUAACGCAUCGUAUUCCGCGCGUGGCGUCCCCCCGCCAUGGACGCGCACAUGACAUCGGUCCCCAGCAGCCACUCGCUCCUCCUCGACUCCUCGCCCGCGCUCCACACCUCCGCGCCGCUCCCCGCCUCGCAACCUCCUCAUAUGCCGCCGCUCCCGCCCGCCGCGCUCCCUGUACCCUCCGCCAUGCCCGACGCGCCGCAUCCGGCGCAGUCCGCCGCCCCUGCCGCACCACAGGGGCACCUCUCCGCGUGCACAGCGGAGGCGAUGCUCGAGUCCUCCACGGCGCCACCGGGGCAGGUCGCCGCGGGGGGGGGUGGCGGAGGGGACGGCCUGGGGCUUCAGAAUGGCGGAGGGGGUGGCGGGGCGAGCGGCGGUGGCGCGUCCAUGGUGGGCGCGACGUCGAGCUGCGCCGGGGCGAGCCCCGCCGGCGCUACUGCCGUCGGCGGUGGGCCGUCGUCGGCGGCCACAACGCCCACGCUCACUGGCAGCGCCGCCCCCGCGGCGUCCGGCGCCUCCGGUGGCGGGGCGGCGGCGUCGGUGUCGCCGUGCGGCGCGUGCAAGUUCCUGCGGCGCAAGUGCACGAGCACGUGCAUCUUCGCCGCCUACUUCUCGCCCGACCAGAGCCUGCGCUUCGCCAACGUGCACCGGAUAUUCGGCGCGAGCAACGUGGGCAAGCUGCUGCAGGAGCUGCCGCCGCCCAGCCGCGAGGACGCCGUGAACAGCCUGUCGUACGAGGCGGAGGCGCGCAUCAGCGACCCCGUCUACGGCUGCGUCGGCGCGCUCUUCGCGCUGCAGCAGCAGGUGGUGCGCCUGCAGGCGGAGCUCGCCAUGUCGCAGGCGGAGAUCUCGCGCCUGCGCACGCUGGCGGGCAGCUCCGCCGUGCUCACACACUCGCAGGCGCAGGCGCAGAUACAGGCGCAAGCCCAGGCUGCGCAGGCGCAAGCGCAAGCGCACGCGCAGGCCGCAGCAGCGGCGGAAAUGGCAGCAGCGUCGUAUCUCCCGGGCAUGGCGGGGCUGGUGGGCGGCGCGGCGCAUACCACCAUGCUGCCCGGCGGCGCUGCUGCCCCAGGCGCGUACGGCAGUGGAGGCGGGGGGGGCGGCAUGGGCGGUCAGGGGUAUGGCGGCAUCAAACGGGAGAUGGACAGCUUCGCACGCACCUACUCUCUCAAGUUCAAGGUGCGCCGUGAUGAAGCGCACUCGACCUCACCAGGUUUCGCUCGCACACACUACCUCUGUACUCCUCCCUCCCUCUCGCCCUAACUCCAUACGCGUUCUCCUCUUCUCAUCGCCCCUUGCUCACCGACCUCACGUUUCUCCCUCUCCCUCGUGUGCUCUCCUCUGUCCUGCCUUGGUCCCUCGUCCCCUCCAUCUCGUCCUGGUUCCCCCUCUCUUCCCUCCAUCCUCCCCACCACCCCUGUGCGCCCACCUCUCCAUGCCCACCUCUCCAUGCGAGAAACAAUGACUCUCCGCCCGCCAGGCUGCAAGCCUUGCCAUGGCCUUCAACCCUGCCGUGCGUGCCUGCAGGCCUGCUCCUCCACCACCAUGGUUGUGCAUUCCCCCCCGACAGCUCCCGUCCCCCCAAUUCCAUGAUCCCCACGU